GCAGCGACAAGGAAGCGCUGUUGUGUGCGUCCUUCACACUGCCAAGUACUGCGUUGACCAGAGUGGUUACAAAAGUCUGUUUUUCGUACUAUAGUAACAGUGUCACGCUGAUUUUUAUGGAGUGACAGGAGCAAACAGCAGCGGUUGUCGGAACGAAGAAAUAAUCCAGGAGAUUUUAUCCUUUCAUUCAUUCAAGCAGCAGCCACUGCAGCCUCUGUUUACUCAUCCUACCUUGUCACUGGUGAAAUCCCUCCAAGAUUCAGGAAGCGAUGACAGCUCCAAAUUCAGCACAGAGGAAGGCAUGCUGGGAUGCCAGGGACCAGCUGUGGAAAUGUCUGGAUGAUAAUGAUGGUAAAGCUGCAUCCUGCCAGAAGUUCCAGAGUGAAUUUGAGGCAAAAUGUCCCGCUCAGUGGGUGAAAUAUUUCACAAAGAGAAGAGACUUCUUGAAAUACAAGGAGAAGAUGGAGACAGACGGCUUCACACCUGCUGAGGGCCCCCGGCAACCCUCCUAACAACUGGACAGCAGACAGUGAAAAUCUGCAGACUGACUGACUUUUGGCCUCAUUCAGACCAGGGCCAGGACUGGGCCGGUGCAGGACUUGGAAAGCAGUUUUCUAACUUGAAUGUGGACCAAGUACUGUACUUGGUCACCUUUAUCAUUAUUUAUUUGUACAAAGACAAAAGCUGCAUCAGCUCUCAUUUUCAUAAAUAUGUGGUAUGAGCUCAUGUUAACCAACUGGUCUAAGAUGCUUUGUAACAAAAGAAACAGGAAAAACUAAAGAUCCACAAUUAUUGAAUCCAGUUUAGGUUUUUUUAAUUUAACCUGAAAGUUAAAUGUAAUGUUGGCAUUGUGGACACGUUUUAAAUUAUGCUGUAAUACUUACCAUUAAUGCAGCCUUUACACAAGCACACACACACACACACUGGAUCUGUUUCAGCAUUCAUGCUAAUACUGUCCAAGAUUAUUUUUCUGUGAGUGUUGUUCUGUUGUUUGGUUUGAAUGAAGUUUUUGUGCAUACAAACCAGCAGUGAGUCUUGAUCAAUAAAUUAUACAAGGGUGACAAACAAAUACAAGCUGAUCUUUACUAAUAGCUGAUACUUAUUAUUUUAUUUUUUUUUUAAUUCAGGAAAGUGCCUCAUCAGGCAAAAUCUCUAGCAUGACUGGCGUUUGUGUUGUUUGUGUAUAAAUAAAAUAAACUCAGUGGU